GCUAUCAGGGCUGAUUUUUUGUUCUGGGGACAGGAGUCCAGAGAGCAGCUGGUUCAUGUCAGCCCAAGUUGGGUUGUAAACACUAAUGAUUGCUUCCAGCUUUUCUUUAAAGCCUCCCUGAGUUUCGAGAAGAUAUUGAACCAGUUCAUGAGAUCCGCAGUUGUCCAGGAAAUAUGCACAAAAAUAAUUUGUCCACCUGCAGUCGAUGGGGGAGUGGGGGGUAUUGGUGAAGCAGAUACAUGCCGGCUGGCUGAACUUGGGGAAAGCACCCAGGGAAGUUUUCCGGAUUAAACUGGAUAGAGAGUAAAGAAUCACCAUGCUAUAUGCUAACAGUAAGAAUCAUACGAUUACGGAAUCUCCCCCGAGAAGAUUAUUUUAGCGAAACAGAUUGUUAUGUGACCUUGUGGCUGCCUACAGCUUCAUGUGAAAAAGUUCGGACUAAAACAGUUCCCAACUGCAAAGAUCCCGUAUGGAAUGAAAUAUUCUACUUCAGGAUCCAGAGCCAGGUUAAGAAUGUCUUGGAAUUGACUGUAUGGGAUGAAGAUGUCAUUCGAGAUGAUGACUAUCGUGUCAUUUUAUUUGACAUUGCUAAGGUCCCCCUUGGAGAAUCAAUUUUUAUGAAAUUUGAAUUGAAUCCCGAGAAACAUGAAGAAUUGGAAGUUGAAUUUACUCUGGAGAGUAUAUGUGGUCCACCUGAAAAAAUUACUACUAAUGGAACAAUAGUGUGUCGUGCACUUCGCUGUUUAGAGGUUCAGGCAGACCGAAGGAAAAGGAAGAAGAGAAUUCAUUCUAAACAACAAGAUGUCCAAUGUACAUUGAAAGGAUCCUUUGAAAAAACCCAAAACAUUUCUUUAGGCUGUGCCUCCAGCUUGCACUUCACCGAUUCAUCUCUUUUCCACUAUGCCAAGUUUAAGCAAGCAGAACUGGAUGUUCUCCUCCCAAGGAAGAGGUCACUUCCCACCUUUUGUGCCUGUAUGUCAUGUGGAGCCAAUGUGCACAGAAUCAGGAACUUGACCCUGCCUCUGAAUUUAUUUCCCAUUGAUCAGGAUGUAAUAAAAGAGGACAAAGAAUUCAAUUUAUUCUUCAGAGCAAAGGAAUGUACAUCAGGCUUAGAUGUGCGCUUGGGAUUUGAUCUCUGUACAGAGGAACAGGAAUUCCUGCAGAAAAGGAAAAGGGUGGCUGCGGCUACAUUUAAAAGGGUCCUCCAGUUUAAGGAAGAUCUGCAGGAUGAUGAAGUACCAGUGGUGGCAAUUAUGACAACAGGUGGUGGGAUUAGAGCACUUACAGCACUGUAUGCCCACCUGUUGACUAUCCAAAGGUUGGACAUUUUGGACUGUGUUUCAUAUUUUACUGGCUUAUCUGGCACAACAUGGACAAUGUCACAUUUGUAUGAUGAUCCUAACUGGUCACAUAAUGAUUUAGAAGAGCCACUCAUUGAUGUCCAAAGACAUGUGAAAAAAAACAAGUUCCUCGCCAGUUUUGCCCCAGAACGUCUGAAAUACUAUGUAAAGGAGCUGUGUCAGCGGCAAAAAGAAGGGCAUAAUAUAUCUUUCACAGAUCUGUGGGGACUUAUCAUUGAAGCCAUGCUACGUGAUGGGGAAAAUUGGAAUAAACUCACAGAUCAACAGCAGGCAUUGACUCAUGGCCAGAACCCUCUGCCUAUAUAUCUUUGUCUCAAUGUAAAGGAAAAACUAAGUAAUGUUGGAUUUAGAGAAUGGUUGGAGUUCACCCCAUAUGAAGUGGGAUUCCAAAAAUAUGGAGCCUACAUUCGUGCUGAACAUUUUGGUAGUGAAUUCUUCAUGGGUCAUUUGAUGAGAAAAAUCCCAGAAUCACGAAUCUGCUUCUUGGAAGGAAUCUGGAGUAGUGUAUUUUCUGUAAAUCUUAUGGAUGCCUGGUUUGUGUGUGUUAGUUCAGAGGAUUUUUGGCAGAUGUGGACACGAGACAGAAUAAUUGACAUUGAUGACUCUCUUCGGUAUCCACCAUCAAAUAAACUACGUACCCGUAUGCAGUAUCCUCUGGAUAGCCUUGCCAAUGUUUUUCAAGAUGUUAUUAUGUGGCGGCCAGCAGUUUCCGUGGUCCCUAAUUUUUUGAGAGGCUGUCCGAUGCACGAUGAAUACCUACAGAGUGAAUUUUCAAUGUGGAAAGACUGUGAUCUUGAUAGCUUCCCUAACCAUCUGACGGGAGCUGAAGAUUUCCUGUAUCUGGUAGAUAAUGCAUUUGCAUUUGAUAGCAGCUACCCACCACUCUUGAGGCCUGAGAGAAAAGUGGAUCUCAUCAUACAUUUAAAUUACAGCUCAGGAUCACAAAUAAAGCCUCUGAAAAAAGCCUCAGAGUAUUUCUCGGAACAAGGAAUCCCAUUUCCUCAAAUUAUACCAAGUGAAGAUGAUUUAAAGGAAUGCUACUUGGUGGGAGAUCAAGAAGGGCCUGAAACUCCAAUAGUGCUUCUUUUCCCCUUAGUUAAUGACACAUUCAGAGAGUACAAAGCACCUGGUGUGAAACGUAGUCCUGAGGAGAUGAAAGAUGGUGAGGUUGAUCUUAUCAGUACCUUUGGCCCUUAUAAUAUAAAUGCUUUGCGAUAUUCAGAAGAGGAUUUUGAUAAGCUAGUAAAAAUGAGUCAGUAUAACAUCCAAAACAACAAGGAUAUGAUUAUCAAAGCUUUGUGUUUAGCUGUGGAACGAAAAAAGCAGCAUAAGAAUAACUAGUCAUUUCAUAUCCAUGGUGAUCAUAUUUGAGCCUUACGGAAGAGAGCCUCAAAACUUUUACAUAUUGUUAAUACUGUGGAGUAAGAGGCAUUUCAUUCCAGAAGGGAAAACAAUAAGAAUAUUAAAAAAGUGUCCAACCUCUUCAGUGGAAAAAUAUGGGCUUUUAGAAAAUAAAUCUCUAAUGAAAAUAGAAGUACUCCUUUAAUCAACAUUGUUGGUCACUCUGCUUCAGUGCUUGAAAGACUGUUCUGUAUCCAUGUAUUACUUUUUCUACUCAGAAGUACUCAGAACAGGGGCAUGGCUUGUGGAGCUGCGUAAUGGCUGUCUAAUCUCCCUGCUCUGCUUCCCCCUGGAGUAAAACAACCCCAGAACGGCACUAAAGACACUAAAUAUUCCCAUUGAAAACUCUGAAACCCCUCGGGGAAUGAUUCCGACCCCUCCUAGAAAUAAAGGAGAUUUAACGGACUAUUUUAAGCCACUAGACACAGAUGGCCCAAGUGUAGCUAAGAAGCCUGCGUUAGACAAUAUGGCUCCAGGCCAAUCGAGAAUGACUAAGAUGAGGCCUCAAGAGGUAGGAGCUAAUGCCCCACUUUCAAAAGAAGACUUGAUAGCUCAAUUAAAAUUCUUUAAAACAGAUGUGGAAGAUAGCUGGAAUGUUGCCCUGAAGCCUUUACAAGAUAAAAUUGAGGCAUUUGGUGAGCGACUUGAUAACAUAGCAGCCUCAGCAUCGGAGGCUUUAGAUUUGGGCCUAACAAAUGCAGAGGACAUUUCAAUUCUAAAGCGGGAAAAUCAAAUUAUCAAAAAUAAGCACAUCGCUCAAACGUUUGUUUUAGAGGAAUUAAAGGAGCGGAAGAACAUUCUCCCUCAUUGGCAUCAUUUAUUAUCACAUGGUUGACUACCAUCAUCCCAGAAUUUGAACUCGUUCCUUCGGAUUUGGAACGUGCACACAGGGCAAUAGCAGCCAAACCUUCGGGCAAAGCCCCCCCCAAGGGAUAUGCUUUGCAAGGUACAUCAAAAAAGAAAAACUCAUGCAAAAAGUAUAAAAAAUGAAGGAACUGUUUUAUGACAAUAAAGCAGUCAUGAUGUUAGAAGAUCUAUGCCCAGAAAUUUUGCAGAGAUGCAGGGACUUUCGACCGAUAACAACUGCUCUUCAAAAAGCAAACAUUAAAUACCGCUGGGGCUUCCCAUUCAGGCUGCUAGUAACACAUAACAGCCAACUUCUUUCGGCAUCUACAUUGAGAGAAGCUUGGGGUUUGCUCACAGCAUGUAACAUAGAACAGCCGGAUAUCGCAGAAUUGGAAGAAACAACAGGACAACAAGACUCCCUCACUGUUAGAGGAACGAGAUGGGAAAAACAACACACAAGGGGAACGCAGCGUAAGCAUGACACUCUGCAAGAGGAAACAUCACAUCCUCCACUUUUACAAAAUCGCUGCUAAAGUCAACACUCUGUUCCUUAUAUGAAUGACUUCUUGUAUAAGGAUGUCGCUUUCAUCAUAAUUUCUACUUUCUCUUGAGGAGACAGAGAUCACAGGAACAAGAGAUUAUAAAAAAAGAGAUAACUAUUUUCAGAUAUAUAUGCUUUAGUGCUAAGGAGUCAGACUGAGGGUUCAUGGGGGGAAUAACUUCUUAUACCAUGGACCUGAAUCUAGUUUUAUUGAAUUAUACUCCUGGAGGGAGCAUGAGGGGAAAUAAGAAGAUAUUGACAAUAUUUGUUUUGAUCUUCUUGUGGUCAUUGCCCAGUAAUAUAGUGCUUAUAGCACCUUGGGCCAAAAAGCUUGAGCCAGUCGGCACAAGCGCUAGCCAGACUAUAGUAAUCUGGGCUAGCCUACUUUGGACCCUCCUUUGGAAGGGAAAUUUGUUUAGUUAAGAUUUUACUAUUUUGAAGAAAUGGCUAUUAGCGAAGUUGGGGGGGAAAGGGCUAGGGGAUGUUUGGGGGCAGGGGUGGGUACUUUGCUGCAGAGGGAAAUAUUUUUUCAGUCAAUCAGUUGCAUCAUUUUAGAUGUGGUUAAACUGCAGAUAAUCUUUGAUGAAAGCCCAGUAAGAUGAACAAUACAAAAGUAGUGACCCUGAAUGUUAAGGGUUUAGGAAAUGUAAUUAAAAGAAGGCACAUACUUUCAUAUGUUAAGCAAAUGCAUCCUUCUGUUCUAUUUCUACAAGAAAUUCAUAAUCCCAAAAAAUCAGAGACUCGAUUAAAACAUGCCUAUUUUGGAAAUCAAUAUUUAGCCAGAGGCACAUCCAAAGCACGAGGUGUAGCAAUAAUUUUUACGUCUCAUUUUCCUUUUAAAGUUAAAAAGAUCGUAAGAGACCCUGAAGGUAGAUUUAUAUUUGUAGCUGGGUUACUGGUCGCCUCAUCUCAAAAAGGAUAUUAUAGAGUUGGAAAAGGUUCAGAAGAGGGCAACCAGAAUGAUCAAGGGGAUGGAGCGACUCCCUUAUGAGGAAAGUUUGCAACAUUUGGGGCUUUUUAGUUUAGAGAAAAGGUGGGUCAGAGGAGACAUGAUAGAAGUGUAUAAAAUUAUGCAUGGCACUGAGAAAGUGGAUAGAGAAAAGUUCUUCUCCCUCUCUCAUAAUACUAGAACUCAUGGACAUUCAAAGAAGUUGAAUGUUGGAAGAUUCAGGACAGACAAAAGGAAGUGGCAGUGCUGAAGCUAUUUGAAGGAGCAAACAAAGGUUUAAUCUACAAAACUCUAUUAGGCCAUUUACUGAUGGCCGCCAGAAUUACUAUAGCUACGCAUAGGAAAGCAUUACAAGGAGCUACAGUAGAUAAUUAUUGGUAUAGGAAAACAUGGUAUCUAGCUUUCAUGGAAUAAUUAACGAUCAAAUUGAGAAUAUCCCAAGGUAUCACCAAGAAAGACAAUUUCUAUGAAACUUGAUAUCCAUUUAUAGUCUAUGUAAAUAAAAAAGAACAUGGUAGAGAACCUCCACCACAUUACACUCGAAUCUGGAAUGCCUAACAUUGUAUGUGAGUUAAUUUUGUCUUUUUUGUUUCAGUAUUUAUAAGUUGAUAGACAAUGAUAGGUGCUUUAAAAACUCAUAUUGAUAUAUAUAUGUGUCCUAUAUUUUAACUUUAUCUUAAGAAUUUUUGAAUCUCUAUUAUAUAUGGGCUUUAAAUUCAAUAUUCUGCAGCAAAUGGGAGGGGGGAGUUUCAGGUUUGUUCUGGUUAUAUAAUUUUUCUUUUUAUGUCAAGCAUCACUUGUGUUUGGAGGCUGUAAUUAAUGUGUAAUUCUGUAUAAAAAAAGUUCAUAAAAAACAACAAAGAAAAAAAAAGUACUCAGAACAAAUUAUAGUAGAAAUACAGUGAAUACAUUUUUGUUACUUGCAUUGCCCUUCAUGCUGUACUUAUUUCAUGCACAAAGAAAUCAGAUUUCACUUCUAAAAAUCUCCCAGCAGAGUUGAGACACUUUGAGUAUUGUUUCACGGUU